CAUCUUCAAGAUCUCCACGAGCCGCUCACACCAGCCGCGCGCGCGCUCCAGUCCACCUCCGGUCCCCCCGUGCCGCAGACCUCUCCGCCUCUAGUCGCCUCUAGUCCGGACUACCAGAGCUCUUCUCCCCGCGGCGCAGAGCCCCCACACCGUGAAGAACCAUGGAGGCCAUCAAGAAGAAGAUGCAGAUGCUGAAGCUGGAUAAGGAGAACGCGAUAGACCGGGCGGAGCAGGCCGAGGGCGACAAGAAGGGCGCGGAGGACAAGUGCAAACAGCUGGAGGAGGAGCUGCAGGGUCUGCAGAAGAAGCUCAAGGGAGUCGAGGAUGAGCUGGACAAAUACUCCGAGUCGCUGAAGGACGCCCAGGAGAAGCUGGAGCAGGCCGAGAAAAAAGCAACAGACGCAGAGGCAGAAGUGGCCUCUCUAAACAGGCGCAUCCAGCUGGUGGAGGAGGAGCUGGACCGAGCUCAGGAGAGACUCGCCACCGCGCUGCAGAAGCUGGAGGAGGCGGAGAAAGCUGCUGAUGAGAGCGAGAGAGGAAUGAAGGUCAUUGAGAACAGGGCGUCGAAGGACGAGGAGAAGAUGGAGAUCCAGGAGAUGCAGCUGAAGGAGGCCAAACACAUCGCGGAGGAGGCCGACCGCAAAUAUGAAGAGGUGGCCCGUAAGCUGGUGAUCCUGGAGGGCGACCUGGAGCGCUCAGAGGAGCGAGCCGAGGUGGCGGAGGCACGAGUGAGGGAGCUGGAGGAGGAGCUCAGACUCAUGGACCAGAACAUGAAGUCCAUGAUGUGCGGAGAUGAAGAGUACUCACAAAAGGAGGACAAAUACGAGGAAGAGAUCAAAGUCCUGACUGACAAGCUGAAGGAGGCCGAGACUCGUGCGGAGUUUGCUGAGAGGUCUGUGGCCAAGCUGGAGAAGACCAUCGACGACCUGGAAGACGAGGUGUACGCUCAGAAGCUGAAGGGCAAGGCCCUCAGCGAGGAGCUGGACCUGGCCCUCAACGACAUGACCACCCUGUAGUCGCUCUGCUCCCUCUCCUCUCGCUCCUCUUCCUGUCCCGACUCGUCUGCUUCCUGUCGUCUUGUUCCGUUCCUCGGCGUACCCGAGCUUUCUGGAAGGUUCUAGAAAAGCAAUGUGCCGAACCCGCCCACCCGGUCACUGGUCACCUGGCCGCUGGUCACCUGGUCACUGCUCACCUGGUCACUGCUCACCUGGUCACUGCUCACCCGGUCACUGCUCACCCAGUCACUGGUGGUCACCCAGUCACUGGUCACCUGGCCGCUGGUCACCUGGUCACUGCUCACCUGGUCACUGCUCACCUGGUCACUGCUCACCCAGUCACUGGUGGUCACCCAGUCACUGGUCACCUGGCCGCUGGUCACCUGGUCACUGCUCACCUGGUCACUGCUCACCUGGUCACUGCUCACCCGGUCACUGGUGGUCACCCAGUCACUGGUCACCUGGCCGCUGGUCACCUGGUCACUGCUCACCUGGUCACUGCUCACCUGGUCACUGCUCACCCGGUCACUGCUCACCCAGUCACUGGUGGUCACCCAGUCACUGGUCACCUGGCCGCUGGUCACCUGGUCACUGGUCACCUGGUCACUGCUCACCCGGUCACUGGUGGUCACCCAGUCACUGCUCACCUGGCCGCUGGUCACCUGGUCACUGCUCACCUGGUCACUGCUCACCUGGCCGCUGGUCACCUGGUCACUGCUCACCCAGUCACUGGUCACCUGGCCGCUGGUCACCUGGUCACUGCUCACCUGGCCGCUGGUCACCUGGUCACUGCUCACCUGGUCACUGCUCACCUGGCCGCUGGUCACCUGGUCACUGCUCACCUGGCCGCUGGUCACCUGGUCACUGCUCACCUGGCCGCUGGUCACCUGGUCACUGCUCACCUGGUCACUGCUCACCUGGCCGCUGGUCACCUGGUCUCUGCUCUACUUUCUGCAGGUUCUCUUAGUUUCAUGUCUUCUCUUUCUCUGUAAUAAAUGUAUUAAAGCUC